AUAAUUUAAAAUGCAGCUCAACAGCAAAUUUCCACCCACAGGUUGGUCAAAAGGAGAGAAGACAGAAAGAGGAAGGCAGAGAGAUGAUAGGAGUAUCUUUAAACAACCUGUAAAGCAUAAGAAGAGAGGAGAUUUAGGGGAUUUGGAGAGAGGUUCGUGACCUUAUAACUCGGAUUUAAUAAGGGAAGAUGUGCAACUUUUUAGGGAUGUCAAUGUGGAGGAAGACAAGCAAGAUCACCAAUCGAGUAUUUCCAAUAUGGAGCAAGACUUGCUAUCGUUUCAGAAUAAGAAAUUAAGUCUUGAGCUAGAGAAUUCAAUUAUCAGAGAACUUAGUGAUCUUAGAAAGCAUCAACUUGAAGACUUAAAGACUCUGAAUAGAAGGAAGAAUGAAGAGAUGAGUAUCAGAACCAUACCUAUAAAGCUUGAUACUAAUGAGUCAGUCAAGAUGAUCAAGAGGCCAAAUUACGAUAAGGAGUUCAAUAUAAUGAGCUUCAAAAAUUUACAGCAGUUCAGAGCAAUCAUUGAAAAACGUAACAUAGAGAUUCAGAGAGAACUUUUAAGUUUCAGAGGGUCGCAUGAUAGCUGAAUCAUUACUGAAAUCAGCCUCGUAUCUUUUUUCUACUAUUUAAAUCUAGUAGAGCCAAUUUAUGUUCCAUAUUUGGUAAGAACAGCUAUUGAUAUCUUGUACAAGUAUGACUCACCUCCUGUAGAGAGUAUAACUGAAGAGAAUCUUCCAACUGAGGUAUUCAAACUUCUCCAAACCUUGCAAUUUGAGAAGGUUUCUGAGCUUCUUUCCAAUUUUUAACAGCUGAGAGAUUUAUGAAGAAAUUAGUUCUAUUGUACAUCCGAUUAAGCAAUACUUCUCCCAUGGAUUGACUCAGAGCUACCAAAAUCAUGAAGUUGAGCAGGUAUUUAGGAACAUGACUCUUUUGGCCAAGAAUAGCUAUGAGCUAUACUCUCAGAGUGAAAACUUGCUUAAUAAGAUUGAAGUCAGAGGGCUUCUACCCUCUCUAAGACUUCUGUCUGGAGACCUUCAGACAAGUAUUGACAAUAAAGAGAUUGAGCUUCUCCAUGAGCUCUGCCUUAAAUUUGUUUUUACAAGUGCUCUUCCCAAGGAGAAGACUAAGCUUCAGUGGAAGCAGGAGCUUUCAGACAAAAUAGCGUCUCUUCAGAAUCAGGACGCCAAGAAUUUCCAUAUGGAAAUUCUUGGAGUCAUUCUUGACGAUCCUUACCAGAGUUUCAAUGAUAUCAAGGCAAGAUACCCAGCUUGGCUUAGUGAAUUCUUACUAUAUAUUUGGGACACUAAUGGGAUGUUAAAUGAAGAAAUUUUCCAAAAAUCAGUAGAUGUCAAAAAUAGUGAAAAAUGUACUAUCAUCGAGGCAGGUACUGAAGAAUAUGUCAGGUACGUAAUCAGCCUCAAACUUCCAGACUCAAUUAAUAUUUGUGAUCCAUAUAUUAGGCUUUUAAGUGACUCUGGGACUAUAGUAUGUCUAGCAAAGCUUGCCUCGUUUGAUUACAAGCCAAGUAAUUCUUACUCUUAUGAUGCAUUUCAACGAAUAUACGAACGUGAGUACAAAUCCAGAGAGCUAGAGGAACUCAAGAACGACUUUGAGGCUCUCAUCCUUGACAAAAGAGCCAACUAUUUCCAGCAACUUGACCAAGAAAAACAGGAAAAAGCUAAUUUUUAUGAAAUUCUCAAAUAUUUUUCAAAGAGACGGAGUGUUCAUAAAUUCAAUCAAGCUGUUUUAGAAAGGAUCAAUCUUAUCUUUUUAAACAAUAUCAAUCCAGUAGAUGUUAUAAGCGAAGAGAUGCCUGGAUUUAGGGCCUGGAGAAAGAGAUCUCCUCCAUUUAAUUUCUUGGCUACUUAUUGCCAACUGAUAUCUUCUAUCAUAGGCGAGAAGGAGGAUACCCAGAUCGUUAAUGAGACUUUGAAGAAGAUCUUUUGUCAGAUUGAAUGUCCUAUUCAGUACAAAAUAUUAGUAUUGCACAAAAUAUCAGUCUAUAUUAUCAAAGAAGAAGUCAAGGUUGAUAAGCCAUUGAUCAUGGAUAUGCUGAUAUUCUUCGAGCAGUUUACCUCCAAAGCAAAGAUUCUCACUGAUAAAUACUUCAAAGCUCCCUUAAUGCCAUUGGAUGCAAAGGAGAUUUUGUUGAUUAGAACCGCUCUUAAGGAGUCAUUGACUUGUAAGCUAUCAAAAGAUGAAGCUAGCUUAUUUCCGGACUUAAAAAGUACUUCAUAA